GAAAAAAAAGUUAAUAAGUGAGUUUCUCUCUCUCGUGUCGAAUCGAAUUGGGCGUUAGGGUUUUCUUCAACAAUCUCGAAGAUGGUGUGCGAUAAGUGUGAGAAGAAGUUAUCGAAGGUGAUAGUACCAGAUAAGUGGAAGGAUGGUGCUCGUAAUGUAACCGAAGGCGGUGGCCGCAAAAUCAAUGAGAACAAACUUCUCUCCAAGAAGAACAGAUGGACACCUUACGGCACUGCUACCACGAAGUGCACGAUCUGCAAGCAGCAAGUGCAUCAAGAUGGUAAAUAUUGUCACACAUGUGCCUAUAGCAAAGGAGUGUGUGCCAUGUGCGGGAAGCAAGUGUUGGACACCAAGAUGUAUAAGCAAAGCAAUGUAUAACCAAUUCUGCAAGCAUAACCAGGGGAGACUGUCAUAGCGUGAGCUUUCUUAACGAUCUCAGUAAUGUACUAUAACUCUGUACCUGUCUCUUUUGUUUCUAGUAAUAACAAACAAAAGCUUCCCUCUUCAAGGGUGAUCAUGAUGAAGUUCAAAUAUUUUGUUUCCUUUUGUGUUUAUUGCGUGAACAUGAAGGUAUAAUAACCUUUUGUGUUAGAAUUCAAAUUUCAGUAUCAAAGAUAGCUUUAAACAUAGAACUGAGCACAUUGGUUAAUCAAACUUGAGAGCCAAAACCGGACUUUGCCCACUGGUUUGUUUGUUUAUUAGGUAUAUCAUAUGAUAAAACAUUCGAAGUAACAAUGCUAACAAAAAUGCCUCUGGCUUGUCGUGAU